AUGGGAUCGAUCACAGACACCAGCAGCUUGUCUGCGGCUCUUGAUACCGUAAGGCAAGCAGCUGCUCUGGGAGAUGAACGCGUCACGGCUCAUCUUGCCAGCUUCGCCAGAGAGCUCUCCGCUGACUGUGAGGAGCCUGCCGACUACAUCCAUAGGAUCGGAUACACGGCACUUCAACAACCAGUUCUAGCCGCCAUUGGCAGCUCUCGAGGCAUCUUCAAACAUGUUGUAACCGGACAAGAAAAGACUACCUCGCUGCAAAGUCUUGUCGAAGCGUCAGGUCUACAGGAGCAGCUUCUGACGCGUCUUCUCCGCGCCAUGGUCACUUUCGGAAUGCUGGACUCGCCGUCAUCGGGUCAUUAUUCUGCCAACAGAAGGACACAUGUUCUCGCUCGAGACUAUGCCGAUGCCGCCCUGCAGCACUUCUUGAAGAACACCGGUACGGGUCUUCUAGGUAUUCCAAGAUGGAUCGAAGCUCAAGCCAAGUCUUUGCCGUCAAAGCCUACACCAUACAUGCUACACAAUAAUACAGACCUCACGUCCAUGCAAUCGAUGGAUAUAGCUGGACUGUCAGCAUACAUGCGGUAUUGUACCCCAGACAACGGCCUAUCGGCGGUAUGGUCAAAUGCAUAUCCAGUGCAAGAGGCCAUCGCGUCCAGGACUGGUUCAACGCGUCCAUUCUUCAUCGACGUUGCUGGUGGUUGGGGUCAUCAGACAUCCGAAAUGCUGCUCAAGUUCCCUGAUAUCGACGGGCGUUGUAUCGUACAAGAGAUUUCCUCGGUUGUCGAGCAAGCGACGUCUUUGGCCAACGGAGCGUCCAAGAUCGAGUUCAAGGUUCAAGACUUCUUCAGUCCACAACCAAGCUCUGAGCAUGGCGCAAAAAUCUACUAUCUUCGCUACAUCAUGCACGAUUGGUCUGACGAUGAGGACGUCCAAAUUCUUUCGCAUCUACGUGAUGCUAUGGCGGAUGACAGUGUCAUCAUCAUCGACGAGGUCCUGGUUCCGGAGCAGGCUAGUGGCUUUGAUGAUCCGUGGCCGGCUACGGUCGACAUCGUGAUGCUGGCUAUGUUCUACAAUGCCCGAGAAAGGACUGUGAAAGAGUUCACGCAUUUGGCUGAGCGGGUUGGUGGUUUGAAGGUGCAGAUGGCUAAGCAGUAUGAUGAGAGGAGGGGUAAUGGCAUUGUCGUGCUUGCAAAGGCGUAG